AGCGUUCCUUCCUACACCCACUGGGCAGGUUGCUGCCGUCUCAACGAUGUUCUCUCUGCAAAUAUUGUCGGUCCUUUCAAUCUUUGCCAAUAAUCGCCUGCAAGCUGGCACCUACCAAUUCUACAGCGACUGCAAUUCUCAGACGUACUGUGCUUCCAACUCGACAUGUGCGCACAAAGGAUGUAGAAAGGACGAAUUUCCCUUCGGAUAUACAGACCCCGAUACUAUGCCUCCCAAGUGCCCUCGUGGCCAGUUUUGUCCCGACGAGCAAGACCAGUGCUUGGAUGUCCUUCCUGUGGGCAGCCCUUGUCAGCUCAAUAGAGAUGAUCAAUGUGAAGGCCCUCCCAACUUCAAAGAGCUCGCCGACGAGAGCAACAUCGGUCUGAACGUCAAUGGAUCUGUCUGUCUCAACAACAUUUGCAUGUGGGCCAAUGUCACUGAGGGUGAAGCUUGUGUGGUCGAGAACACGGCCUACAUCGCCUAUGGAACUUAUCAAGAGUACAUCGACAUCGUAUCCCGGUUAAACAAGGAUCUCGGUGUAAUCAUCAAACUCUUUGUCGUUUCCUUCUUGAACCCACACAGGUGCUCCACCUACAACUGCCUCAGUUCUGGUGUUUGCGGCGAAAGUCCGAGAACACCACGUCACUUUGGUGCUUGGGUAUACGUGAUUGUAUGCAUUGGCAUGUUUGGUACACUCUUUGGGUUAUUCUUCCUGCAUCGGUCUCAAAGAGAACAAGAGAGAGAGAAACGAAUGCAGUAUUGGAAGGAGCAGAAUGCUUUCCAUCAAAGUCUUGCUCAAAUGCGCGAAACGGCUCGCAACUCGAUUAUGUCUCUGGGAAACAGUACUCGCAGCACGAUCCUUUAUGAUGAGAGUCCUGCGCAUAGGAGAGACGAUGGACGCUUUUAGGUUAAAUAUUGUUGGACACCACGGUAUACAUAACGCAUUCUCAAGGGACAUUUAUUUCGUUAAUAUACACCAUAUUUUGGAUUCUUUACUUAAUCCUCAUUGUUUGGCACGGGC